AUGAUUAAAGAAACUUUGUUGUAUAAAUAAGAAAAUAAGAUUAUGACAUAGGCCUUCGGUAAUUUGAACCUUUCUUAGUUGAAUUAGCUUUCCAGAGAAUUACUCAGUUGGGGAAGAAGAUUAUUCCAUCUUGUAACUAUGAUUUUCAUUCCGGGUUUCAAAAUGGGAGACCUGCCCUAGCCCAAAUGUUCAGGUCCAACCAUUUAAAUCGGGUCAAUCUUCUGGGAAAAAGAAUGAGCAGCCAAGUGUUAACCUUAUUUUGAAAGGUUCAGAAGAAGAAAAAAAGGAACACCUUUUCCAACUAUAGUGUCUACUAGAACAGAAAAUAGCAAGCAAUGAAGAUAACAAAAAUUGAAAAUUGAAGUGUAUCAGAUUGAGGCGUCGACCCUUGGUGACAACAUGGACUGAUAUGUGGCUUGACUAGCAAAGUCAUGAUGUAAGUCGAAGUACCAAAACUCAUUUCUUCGAAACUUGUUAGAGGAUAAGGAUGAACACAGUUAAGCGAGAGUUUGUGUGAUCCGACGCAAGCUCUGCUAACACUAAAUGAAGCCCAAGAAAGCCCUGGAAACGUACCAAAGGAGAAUUCUACAACAUUCGCUCACCGUCUCGUUUGCUUUAUAUAAGUAACAUUCACUUAUUUUGCCACAGCCCAGAAAACACAGCAAACAAAAAACAAUGGCAGAUGAUGUAAUACUAUUGGAUUUUUGGUCAAGCCCAUUUGCAAUGAGGGUGAGAAUUGCAUUGGCAGAGAAGGGAAUUGAUUAUGAAUCAAGGGAAGAGGAUUUGAGCAACAAAAGUGCUCUACUUUUGAAGAUGAAUCCUGUUCACAAGCAAAUCCCUGUGUUGAUCCACAAGGGGAGACCUGUUUGUGAAUCCCUCAUCAUAGUUCAAUACAUCGAUGAGGUUUGGAGAGACAAGUCUCCUCUGCUCCCUUCUCAUCCUUAUGACAGAGCCGAUACCAGGUUCUGGGCUGACUUUGUUGACAAAAAGAUAUAUCCGACGGGGAAGUUAGUUUGGGGAGCAACAGGCGAGGUCCAAGAAGCUGCAAAGAAAGGGCUGAUUGGUUGCUUCAAGCUGCUGGAAGGAGAGCUUGGAGACAAGCUUUAUUUCGGAGGUGAGAGCUUUGGGUUUAUGGAUGUAUCAUUGAUUCCCUUCUACAGUUGGUUCUAUGCACUGGAGACCUGUGGGAAAUUGAGCAUCAUAACAGAGUGCCCAAAGCUGGUUGCAUGGGCUAAAAGAUGCAUGGAAAGGGAGAGUGUGUCCAAAUCUCUGCCUGACCAAUACAAAAUGUAUUGCUUCCUCAUGGAGCUUAAGAAGAAAUAUGAGGGCAAAUGAGGUGGUUUACCCUUUCACCUUUACAAGACUUUCAGGCCUUUAUAUGGCGGUUUAUUAUUUUGUUGUAUUUCAAUAAAAAGUUGUUAAAAUAUAUGAGAAAGGCUUAUGUAUUAUACCAAAAUAUUCAAAUAAACCAUCUCCUUCUUGUAUUGAAGGUGUCCAAUCACAUUAAGUGGUGAUUGCAAGGAUGAUAAAUGGAGAAGUAAAAGGAUCUUUCUUUUUUAUUUUACGAAGGGCAGUGCUAAAACAUCGGAAAGUUUCAACCUUAAGCUGUUAUUGCAUAUAUAAAUCCACAGAAACAAGAAGGAAGGAAAGCUUUAUUGAUGGUACACUAGUACUUCGUACUUGAGUUGAGACAAACUCGACACUGACUCAUCUGCGGGGCAAAAAAAUUGGACAGAAAAAAAUCUAAACAAGGCAAAAACAACACACAAUGUUGCACAUAGUUGUUUCUCCUAAUCUACAAUUAUUCACGUUAAUUAGCCUCUAUCCCAGGCCAUUAUUUCCUUAAAACAACCAUUACAAAAAAAGGAGGCUGUUUGGUUUGGCCAUUAAAUUGGCUUGGUGAUGAGGAGUAAUGUUGACCACUCCAAUUGCCUUGACAGCCGAAUUGUAGGUCUGCCUGCUGGUCCUGUAACUUCAUCAUCCCUGAAUUCUUUUUCUUCCUCAGCUAUUGUAGCCAGCGUUUUUCUCAAUGGAGGCUUGGCAACUGAGAUAAGCUGAGGCGGGGCAACUUCGGUGGUGAACCUUCCAAGGUUCCGGAACUUAGCCAUUGUUUCUUCCAUCGAACAGGCAAAACUACCAACAAGUUAAUGGGCUGAAGAUUGAUGAGAUUGGAAGAGCAAGAUAGAGAAAAAAAGCAUGAAGAGAAAG